GAUAGAAAAAAAAAAAAUAAGAUAAAGUCGCUCUCUUUCCAGUUGCCAACCCAAAGAAAGCUAUUCUCCCCUUAUCCUCUCGACGUUCUCUCCUUCAAACUUACGACCGCAAGCUCUGUAUCUCCGGUGACCGGCGCGUGGCGGCUCCGUUAGCGCCACCGUCGGUCCCGUUCGUUUCCUUUUCUUUGUCUUGUGUAGAUCUCUUGUGUAAUUUAUCUUAGGGAUUAAAUCUGGUUAAGCGGAGGAAGUUGUAUCGAGGAGCUCGUCUCGGGUGGUUGUUUUAAUGGCAAUGUUGGGUUUGUUUGUUGGUGUAGGUCUUAAUAGUUGUUGUUGUAUGUCUAGCAUCGGUUUGUAUUUGGUGGGUUAAGCUUGGUUUUUCGAUGUCUCUAUUCUUGGGAUUGACAAUUGUCUUAGCAGUUUGUGUUUCAAGUGGUGCUGGGUACAGUGAUUGCUUCUCUUCGUUUCUUUUGCCGUGAGUGAGUGGCUCCGGAGAGUUUCGAUGGGCAAGGCUUCGGUUUCGUGUGGUUUUAGCAGGACUUCUAUUCAGGGUAAGUGGGCGCUUUGUGAAUGCGUCGCAUCUGUAUCCGAAGGUGGUGUGGACCGUGGUGUGGACCGGUCUUUCUUCUCGGGUUUUGAAGUCUUGAGGUUCAUGGACGCUAUCGUGUGACGGGCUGGUGCUGCAACGAUAGGUCGCGGUGUAUGGGUUCUAGAGGUGGAGGUUAUCGGGUGGCAAUAUGCAGCGAUAAUUCCCGUUCACUGGCAUCCGCUAAGGUUUUAAAUCUGCUGAGUCGAUUGCUUAAUUUCCUAGUGUAGUUGUUAAUCGCUUUCCUUUUGCUUAGUUAUCGAGUUCUUAUGUCAUGUUUAUGUAAGUCACCCCUGCGUGGGUUCAAGCUGCCGCCUUCUGUGGGCUUUUGUUUCUGGGGAAUGUUCGAUUUUCCGCCAGCUUUUGUACUGCAUCUAGUAUUUUCCUAUGGAAUGAAUUUCAAUUUGAGAAAAAAAAAAAGUCGCUCUCUUUCUGGUUGUCCUCAUAUCACAAACACACCAGCUCAAGAGAGCUCAUCAGUCCAUCACUCAGAUCUCACAUCUUCACUCACCUCUUUUAAAAAAAAGAUUAAUUAAAUAGUAGAAUGAUGAUUAAAACGUUGAUCUCUCGUCGUUAUCUGAAACUUCUUCACCUCCAAUAAGAGAUUCUGUAGCUCUUUCUUCAUUUCUCUCUUCAUCUGACCAAACAUACAUAUAUAUGAAUUAAACAAAUAAGCUUCAAUUACAAAAACACACUUUGCCAGCCUUUCUCUCUCUCUGCUUCUGGGUCGCUUUAUCUUCAAGUUUUCCCGCUCUCUCUCUGUUUCAUUAACCCAAGAGGAGAUAGAGUGGAGAGAAAGCAAACGGUGAAGAUAGAGAGAAGGCGAUGAACACUAGUAGUGUUCGAGCUGCUCUUUCCUCCAUGAACGCUCCUUCAAAGCAUGACACCAAUCAAGAGGAUAAGAAGAAGAAGAUGAUGAUGGAGUCUCAAGGCAAUGGAGCUGUAACUACUUCAGGGAAACCUCUGGUGGUUAAUCGGCGCAGAGCUAACAGAGAAAAGAAAAUGGACUUGCUUCAAGAUGUUGAUAAGCUAAAGAGGAAGCUGAGACAUGAGGAGAAUGUGCAUAGAGCAUUGGAGAGAGCUUUCACUAGACCUUUAGGAGCUUUACCUCGUCUCCCCUCUUAUCUCCCUCGACAUACAUUGGAGCUUCUUGCUGAAGUAGCUGUUCUUGAAGAAGAAGUGGUUCGGUUAGAGGAACAAGUUGUAAGCUACAGACAAGGUCUAUACCAAGAAGCUGUUUACAUUUCUUCCAAGAGGAACAACCCAGAGAGUCCUAGUAGUAGUAGUAACAACGGUUUGAAGGAGAAUUCUCCCGUCAGAAGCACUAAACACCAUCGGUCCAAAUCCAUGUCCCAACACGAGUUCAAUUCUAUGAUCACUCCUCCUAAAAGCCACCAACAGUCUCUUAGUUUUAGCAGAAGCAUCUCAACUAGUAGGAAACUCUUCUCCACUGAUCAGAGAGUGCUAUAAAUGGGCAAACAAGCGUCGCCUAAAACGAGUUCGAGCAGUGUUACAAAGCCAGUAGAUGUAAGAGGAAAGGAGAAUCAGAUUAAAGAAUCACCUGAGAAGAGGCUUGUUGGCAGGUUCUUGACAUCUGUGAAGAAGAAGAAACCUUUGGUUAAGCCAACAGAGGCUGUUGCUGUUGUUCAGUUAGAUGAUAGAUUAGAAGAUCAAGACAAAGCGCAGGAGAGUGUCUCUGGAUCAUCUUCAGAAGACAAAUCGGCAAACAGAGUUUCAGAGGAUUUACUGAAGUGCCUCUUGAGCAUUAUCUUGAGGAUUAGCUCGUCCCAAGACACCGUGUUGGAUGCGUAUAGCAACUGUUCAGAAUGGAGAGCAAGAGAGCUUGGUGCUUACAAGAAUCUUGUCUCGGUUGAUGCAUCUUCAAUUGAUCUUGGAAGAAGAAGCAAUGCUUCCCUUCUGAUCAAUCGUCUCAAGUUUUUGCUUAACAAGCUUUCGGUUGUGAAUCUAGACGGUCUUAGCCACCAGCAGAAGCUUGCAUUCUGGAUAAAUACUUAUAACUCAUGUGUGAUGAAUGCAUUCUUGGAGCAUGGGAUCCGGACACCUGAGAUGGUUGUAGCCCUGAUGCAAAAGGCAACAAUCAUUGUAGGAGGACACUCCCUAAAUGCUAUCACAAUAGAACACUUCAUCUUGAGACUUCCAUACCACUUGAAGUUUACUUGUCCCAAAACUGCAACACAUGAAGAGAUGAGAGCUCAUAGCACAUGUUUAGAAUGGUCAGAGCCUUUGGUCACUUUCGCUCUCGCCUGUGGAAGCUGGUCCUCUCCUUCUGUAAGUAAGGGUUUACACAGCAGUAAUGUAGGAAGAGCUAGAAGCAGCAAAGAGAGAUUAUCUUCAAGCAUCUGUUGGGAUAUCAAAGAAGAACAAACUAAUGCUCCAAAGGUAUUAGAUUGGUAUCUGCUAGACUUUGCAAAGGAUUUGGAGUCUUUGCUGGAUUGGGUUUGCCUUCAGUUACCUGAUGAACUCAGAGAAGAAGCUCUCAAAUGUAUGGAGAGAAAGAACAAAGAAUCACUCAUGGAGUUGGUUCAAGUAGUACCUUAUGACUUCAGUUUCAGGUUGCUGCUAUUGCAUCAAUGA